AUGUCACCAAUGAUAACAGGGCUGCUUUUCAUGCGGCUCCUGUUGGCACUUGGAGCAGUGGAGGUGGAUGGUCCUGUCUGCCAGAUACUGGGAAGGCCAGAGUUCCCUCUGCUGUCUAAAGAUGGAGAUGUAAUGAUUGGGGGAGCCUUUUCCAUCCACAGCAAUAUCAAACAGCCUCCACUUUCCUUUACAGAGAAACCAACACGUCUCACAUGUUAUGGUGUCAACCUCAGGGAGUUUCGAUUUGCUCAGGCCAUGAUCUUUGCAAUUGAAGAAAUAAACAAGAAUGACUUUCUUCUUCCCAAUGUUUCUAUUGGAUACCGUAUUUAUGACAACUGUGGUUCAACAUUAUCAUCAGUGCGUGUGGUGAUGGCCCUGAUGAACAGUGAUGACUGGGCUGUGGGAAAGAGCUGUUCUGGUCAGUCGGCUGUACACGUUGUUAUAGGGGAGUCCGAAUCUUCCUCAACCAUUGUUCUGGCACACACUACUGGACCAUUCAAUAUACCAGUGAUAAGUCAUUCAGCUACUUGUGAGUGUUUGAGUAGCAGGAAGGAAUAUCCCUCUUUCUUUCGAACAAUUGCCAGCGACCUCUACCAAAGUCGUGCUCUCGCCCAGCUGGUCAAGCACUUUGGCUGGACCUGGGUUGGGGCAGUCAACAGUGACAGUGACUAUGGUAACAAUGGCAUGGCCAUCUUCCUCACUGCAGCCCAAGAGGAAGGAGUGUAUGUGGAGUAUACAGAGAAAUUUCACAGAGCAGAACCAGAAAAACUCAUUAAAGUGGUAGAAGUGAUCAGAAAGAGCACUGCCCGGGUCAUUGUUGGUUUUCUGGCUCAAGUAGAAAUGAACAACCUUUUAGAGCAAUUGAGCCUGAACAACAUAACUGGACGACAGUUCAUUGGUGUGGAGGCCUGGAUCACUGCUGAUAGCCUUGUGACCCCCACCAGCUUUAGUGUGCUGGGAGGUUCACUAGGCUUUGCUGUGCAAAAGGCCAAUAUCAGUGGCCUGGACAAUUUUUUAAUCAAAGAUUUCUGGGAGACAGAGUUUCAGUGCAGGGACACAAAUGGGGACAGCAUGCCAGAAAUGGCAGCUUGCAAAGAAAACCAGGAUGUAAGUGAAUUAAAAGAAUAUGAUGAUGAUGUGUCAGAGCUGAGAUAUUCCAGUAACAUCUACAAAGCAAUCUAUGCUGUGGCUCAUUCUCUGCACAGCAUCCUAAAAUGUUCAAACAGUGAGGGGUGUGACAAAACAGUGAAGGUUAUACCCUGGCAGGUAGUAGAGUCUCUGAAGCAGGUGAAUUUUACUAUUAAGAAUGGGGAACAGGUGUGGUUUGAUAGCACUGGAUCUGCUGUAGCUCGGUAUGAGGUGGUAAACUGGCAACGUGGAUCACAUGGUUCAGUCCAGUUUAAACCUGUUGGGUACUAUGAUGCCUCCCUGCCUCCAGGACAGAGGUUUGUUCUUAAUGCUGAAGCCAUAAUGUGGCCUGGAGGAAACAGAGAGGUGCCUGUGUCAGUGUGCAGUGAGAGCUGUCAUCCAGGAACUCAUAAAGUCCUUCAAAAAGGAAAACCUGUCUGCUGCUAUGACUGUGUACCAUGUGCAGAAGGAAAAAUCAGCAACACCACAAAUUCUAAUGGAUGCAAAAAAUGUCCAGAAGAGUACUGGCCCAACCAAAACAGAGAUGCAUGCAUUGCAAAAAACGUAGAGUUCCUCUUCUUCACUGAGGCUAUGGGAAUAAUAUUUGUGUUUUUCACUUUGUUUGGUGUGCUCCUCACCUUAAUUGUGGCCACUCUAUUCCUGAUCAAUAAGGACACUCCCUUAGUCAGGGCCAACAACUCUGAGCUGAGCUUCCUGCUGCUCUUCUCCUUGACUCUGUGUUUCCUGUGUUCUCUGACCUUCAUCGGCCGGCCCUCUGAGUGGUCCUGCAUGCUGCGACACACAGCAUUCGGCAUCACCUUUGUCCUCUGUAUUGCUUGUAUUCUGGGGAAAACUAUAGUGGUGUUAAUGGUCUUCAGGGCUACACUUCCAGGCAGUAAUGUGAUGAAAUGGUUUGGGCCUGCACAGCAGAGACUCAGUGUUCUGGCUUUCACUCUCAUCCAGGUUGUUAUAUGUAUCCUCUGGUUAACUAUUUCUCCUCCUUUUCCUUUCAAAAAUAUGAACCAUUAUAAGGAGAAGAUUAUUCUUGAGUGUGCUCUGGGAUCAGCUGUGGGGUUCUGGGCUGUGUUAGGAUACAUUGGACUACUAGCCAUCCUCUGUUUUGUACUUGCUUUUCUGGGUCGAAAGCUGCCUGAUAACUUUAAUGAGGCUAAAUUGAUCACCUUCAGCAUGCUGAUAUUCUGUGCAGUCUGGAUCACUUUUAUUCCAGCCUAUGUCAGCUCUCCUGGGAAGUUUACUGUGGCUGUGGAGAUAUUUGCUAUUCUGGCUUCAAGUUAUGGGAUACUUUUCUGUAUCUUUGCGCCGAAAUGCUUUAUUAUUGUACUCAAACCUGAACUGAACACAAAGAAACAUCUAAUGGGGAAAACAUGA